UUAUACAUCGAUACGCCAGUAGGUGGCGACAAGACUGGAUUUAUGAGCGACAGAUUAAAUUCAUCUUCUUUUGUGUUCAACAGAAGAAAGAAAAUCUUACUGGGUUGGAACAACAUGAGGGGUUGUUGUUGUUGGAUGUUGCUGAAGUUUGUCAGGUUUACGACCUUUCCAGUCCUACUCCUUAAAGUGAAUCCAGGCAGAGGAUUACAGUCUCAACGUGUGUCACUCAAUCUCUCCCAGUCUGCACAUCAGCCGCUGCGUUUACUCUGAGAUGAAGCAUCUUGAGUGAGUCGUAAUCCCACCAAACAGCACAAAUCACUCGAGUGAGUGAAGAAUGACCAUCUCACACGCUGCACUGUAUCCGGACACUGCAGAUGAUGCCAUCCUCUAUAACUACUCUUCAUAGGUCAGAGCUGCAGUUUAUAUCAGACGUCCUGACUGAAACUCAACCCUGCGCUGUCACAUGAUCUGAGGGGCUCAGGUGAACAGCGACGGCCCACCUGCUCUCACCGCCCAAUACUGAAGCAACCGAGAGGACAAAUUAGGUCAAUCCAAUCACGAUUGGACAAAUAACAUAAGCUGCUCCUGUACAAUAGCUUUUCUCUCCCGGCUCCAAACACACACAGUCUCGUGUGCACAGACACACACCUGCAGCUGCUCCUCUGAUGACUGACACUAAACUCAGAACCUCCAGGAUGCAUCUGUUAUUCAUUCUUCCCUUGGUGUUGGAGGUCCAGUCCAUCUCCAUGAACCACACCAUCACCUGUGACUGCAGCUGCCACAUGGAGUUUAAAAGCGCUAACUGCUCCAAUGGCAAUUUCUCCCACCUGCCUAUCGCCCUUCCACCAUUAACUGAGCAACUGGACCUGUCCCACAACAACCUGAGUGCCAUCCAGCCCAGAGCCUUCCAAACCACACGAAGACUUCGCGUCCUGUUCCUCAACGACAACGCCAUUUACGUGCUAGCCAAUGGAGCGUUUUAUCUGCUGGAAGAUCUGUUGAGGUUGGACCUGAGCCGAAACCGAAUCUCAUCUCUGAGUGAAGGAUUUUCACAAGGUCUCAGUUCCCUUCGAGAUCUGUCAUUGGCUGAGAACAGGUUGACCAGCUUGAACAGCAGUUGUUUCGUCCACUUGGACUCAUUGCAAAGACUCAACCUCAGCAAUAACGCAAUCGAAACGGUCAAGAUGAGGGCGUUUGGGUCCAUGAGUACCCUACGCCAGAUACACCUCGCUUGGAACAACAUAACGGUUCUCAAAAAUGGCAUCUUCUCCAUGCUACGGAAUCUUGAAAUCCUAAAUUUACAUCACAACCGGAUUGAAAGCUUGGACGUCGGAGUGCUUUCUCCAUUGACCAGCCUUGCUCUACUGGACCUCACCAACAACAGCCUUUCCACUAUUCAAUUCAAGACCUUCUUGAGUCUCAAUACGUACAGCACGCACAUAAUGCUUGAAAAUAACCCAUUGAAGCGUGACUGCGAUCUGCAGCGAGUCUUACGGAAGCUCUGUAACGUCAAGCGACUGUUCCUGGACGACUACAACGACAUCUGCCCAAAUUUGGAUGAAUUGGAUCCCUGCAUCGGCGAGAUGGUCACUGUCCUGGUCAUUACGAUCACUGUGAUCAUCACCGUUGUGGCUGCCAUCAUCAUGGCGGAGAAGAAAAGGGGGAAAAGGAACGAAGAAAGCAUUGGACGGAAGCCAGCGAGUUGUCCUGUGCACAAUUGAACUAAUGACGAUAGUGAACAUUAAUAUCUCUUUGCUUUAUACUCAUACCCAAAUGCCUUAUUAAUUUAUAAAAAAGAUUUAAUAAAAUGUCAUGUGAACUUGUGAAAAGUCAUAUCAUAUAUGUUAGUACUCGUUUGAAAUGAACAUAAAGCUUCCGCGAAGAGAAAUAGUUCCAAAACAAUGUUUUAUUUUCAGUAUUCAUACAUGUUGAACUGAACAUAAUACACAAGAUGGCGCUAAAUAGCUAUUUUUUGGCGUGGUUUCACAUACAGGGCUAGAAUAAGUUCAAUUAGGACAUUUAGCCUAAGUAGCUUUUAUAAACGUGAAUUUGAGAAGAAAAAGAAAAACAUUACUGGUGUGCAUCUUGAGACAAAACAAUGGCAAUGACAUUUUAAGAUAUCUGAGUGCAAGUUGUCGGUUAAAACAUCGUAAAAAUGCAUUUUAGUGUGGUACUAGGAUAGAUCACUUAAAAAUUUAAAUUCUGUCAUCGAGUUAUUUCAAACCUGUAUGAAUUUCUUACUUCUGGUAAACACAAAAUAAGGUAAUUUGAGGAAUUUUGGUAACCAAACAGUUGAUGGAGCCCAUUGAGUUUCAUAGUAUUUUUUUUCUAUAUGGAAGUCAACGGGUUGACAAUGAGAAACACUAAAACAAUAACAGUGCGCAAUGAAAUGCAUCGUGAUCAUUACGUAUUUUUAUAAUAUUAUCUAGUGUCUCAUCAUGCAGUUACAAUAAUAAUAUUGUUGAACAAAUAAAAGAGUAGCCAAUUCAUCUGUGUUUACAUUGUAUUCAUUUUUAAUGAAUACGAGCUGGGACGUCAUCAUCACGAGACAGCACGGCGAAUCUGCCGCAAAACAUGACCAAUUUAGCUAAAAACAGAUGCUUAAAUUACCGUAUAUCUAUUCUAACAACGGAGAUAUAUAAUUCACAAGAACUGAAUUAAACGCAAGGCGACUGCAUUCAUCAACGUUACACACAACGUCCGUACGUUUGAAGAAUCGGAGCCAGCAACGUCAGCACCUAAUUAAUAUUCAUGAGGAAAGCCCCAAGUCCGUCGGUUUGUGGUCAGGUGAACGCUGGAUUCUUGCCACCAAGCUGCUAAAAUGCCUUGAUAGGACAUUAAAUAAGGGAUAAAUUGCCUGUUUGGACUGGCAGAGAA